GGGGGGGGCACAGGGAACCCCCCUGAGCUGCGGGGGGGGGCACAGGGAACCCCCCUGAGCUGCGGGGGGGGUCGGGGAUGGCGGAGCCGCUGCUGAGGAGGACGUUCUCCCGCCUGAGGGGCCGCGGGAAGAAGGCGGGGGGCAAGGAGACAGGGCACCAUGGGGAUUCUCCGGCGGUGCCGUUGGCGGUUGUGCCCCGGAAGCAGAACCGGACCCCUUUCUCCUGUGGUUCCCGCGAUGAGAGGUCCCCCAAAUCCUCUCCGCACCCAUCGGACACCAGCGAGCCGGAUCCUGCCCGCGGCACCUCCCAACCCGCUGAGGAGGAGGAGGAGGAGGAGGACACGGAGGCCAGGAAUGGUUCCGGGGAGUUGGGGGGUCCCGGUCGGAGCCCCCGCGCCGGCGCUUAUCUGCAGAGUUUGGAGCGCAGCAGCCGGCAGUGGGUGCUCUCGGCCGCCAUGGGACACGGCCUGGAGGAACCCAACGGCAGAGCCGAGGUGGACCGCGGCGCGGUGGGCGGCGAUGGGGACAUCUGGUACAACCCCAUCCCAGAAGAUGAGGGUCUCCAACCUGGGACCUCCUGCGAGACGGGGGAUGGAGGGAGACGCGACGCCGACGGGGGCCGCGCUGCGGAGCCAGAAGGUUCCGGAGCUCCGGCGCUGCCUUCCCAGGCCGGUGGGGAAGGGUGGCACACGGUGACAGGGAAGUCACCACCGCCGCCGUCGCCCCCCGGCAGCCCCAGGAAGGCCCAAUCUCUCCCCAAAGUCAAAUCCCCGGGGACCGUCCGUCGCCUCUCGCUGAAGAUGAAGAAACUUCCCGACCUCCGCCGGAAGCUGAGCCUCCGCAACCCCCGUCCUCGCGGCCCAGACGGUACCACCUCCCCUUCGGAAUCCCGCAAGGAAUCCACCAACGUCAUCAGCCGUUACCACCUCGACAGCAGCGUUGCUUCGCGCCCGUCACGUCCCAAGAUGACCUCCAAAGGCGCUUACUUGAGCGACGGUGACUCUCCGGAGCUGCCGGCCAAAGCCGGACCGCGCGCCGGCGAAGCGGAGGAUGGCGAUAACGGUUUGGACGUCGGCCUUUUCCACCCCUACAGCUGCGGAGAGACACCGCCGCGGUGUAGGCAACACAUUUCGGGCUUGGUGAGCGUCCACCUCCACGGCGUACGAGAUCUGAAGGCGCCGCGAGCCGAAACGCGGGAGGUUUUUUGCGUCUUGCAAGUGGACGCGGAAAACCGAGCGCGGACGGCGUUGCUGCCGUGCAAAACGGCCUUCCUCGGCCUCAACCACACCUUCAACCUGGAGCUGGAAGGCGCUCAGCAUCUCAAGGUGAUGGUCUUCUCCUGGGAUGCCAUCUCGUGCCGGAACCGGCUCUGCUGCCACGGCACCGUGGUUCUGCCCCACAUCUUCCGAGGUUGCCGGGCCCAACAGUUGGCGGUGCGGUUGCAACCUCGCGGCGUCCUCUACUCCAAAUUCACUUUGGUGGAGCGGUGGGACAACGCCAGCGAGCGGGAACCUCGCGUCUUCGGCGUGGAGCUGCGCCAGCUGGUGGAGAGGGAGAAGACGGCCACCAAAGUGCCGCUGCUCAUCCAGAAGUGCGUGGCCGAGAUCGAGAGACGAGGCCUGAAGGUGGUUGGGCUGUACCGGCUCUGCGGCUCGGCUGCCGUCAAGAAGGAGCUUCGUGACGCCUUCGAGAGGGACAGCGCGGCCGUGACGCUCUCGGAGCAGCUCUACCCCGACAUCAACGUCAUCACCGGGAUCCUCAAGGACUUCCUGCGCGAGCUGCCCACGCCGCUCAUCACCCCAACGCUCUACCGCGUCGUCUCGGAGGCCAUGGCCAAACGCCCGCCCCGCGCCGCCCCGGCCGAGCGCCGCGCUGUCGCCCUGCUCGACUGCCUGCCCGACGUCGAGAAGGCCACCCUGAGGCGCCUCCUGGACCACCUCAGCCUCGUGGCCUCCUUCCACGCCUUCAACCGCAUGAACUCGCAGAACAUCGCCGUCUGCUUUGGUCCCGUUCUGCUCAGCGCCGCUCCGGAGCCGCGGAGCUCCGAGGACGUCUCCGGCGCCGUGGACUUCAAGAGACACCUGGAGGUGCUCCACUACCUUCUGCAGGCCUGGCCGGCGCCCCCCAACUCUGCCCCCCAACCCCUCUGCCCCCCCCCGCGGGGACCCCCACUUCGCUUGGACCUUCUGGGGGGCCCCGUGGUUCCUCGUCCUCGCGCCCGCGGCCCCGAAAGCCCCCCCAGCAACCGCUACGCCGGCGAUUGGAGCGUCUGCCACCACCACCACCACCACCACCACCACCUCCUCGUGGUCCCCGGCGCGGCCCCCGGCGGCGCUGCCGAUGGGGACACCGCGGGGGUGGCACAGCCGUCCCCGUCCCCCAGGACCCUCUUGGUGGCCGAUUUUGCCCUCGGGGAGGAACCCGAGGUGGCCUUUGGGCCCCGUCUCAACCUCAAGGACUUUGAGGCGCUCAUCGUGGACCUGGAAGGAGAGUUGACCAAAGAGAUCAACGUCUGCCUGUGAGCGGCGGCGCCGGCGACGGUGGCGGCCAAGGAGAAAGGGGAGGGACCACCACCACGGCGGCGG